AUGGUUCGAAUCCUGAUCACUGAUGCCGAGGGUUUGGUCGGGAAGUUUACGAUAAAUGAGUUGAUCUCUCAACUUCGUGAUACGAUCUCCUCCAGCGCAGACAGCUCUCGUAUCCUUGCUGGAUACCAUAGUCAAAAGGCGCUUCAACGGGCAGUCGAGUUGAAUCAAGACCAGAAGCUUGUUAAGCCUGUGAUCAUCGACUGGGCUGACUCUACGAGUUUUAUUACAGCGCUCCAAGAAGUCGAUCGUAUACUACUUAUCACGCCUUUCACAUCAGCCAAGACAGCUCAGAUCAAAUAA